AUGAUGUCAGGUGACUCCUUCAGAGGGCUCCGGGAAGCACGCUGGAGGACGGGGGACGCUUGCGUGGGGAAGGCCGUGCUGUGGGCGGAGGUGCAGGAGGCCACAGCCCUCAGCUCCGCUCACACACCCGCUCACAGCAGGCGGGCCUCUCUGCAGCUGGUCACAGUUUUACACCCGGGGAUUCUUCCCGGUCCCAUCAGGGAGUUUCUCAUCCUGACGGCUGCUGGCAGCCACCUGGAAGAAGGGGAGGACACACCCCUGUGCCUGUCAGGUCAGCAGCAUGUAGCGGCAGCAACAGCCCUUGAAGUGGAAGAAGUCUUCUCGUGUGGACGGAGUUAUUCUGAUUUCUAUCAGAAGGGCAGCAUGGCUGGAACAGAGAUGGAACGGGAGAGGGGCUCCCGGGAGGACAGGGAUGCUCAUCAGCUGCGUCUGCGGGGUUCAGAGCUGGCGUUCUGUCUAGGUGAGGGAGGCAGUGAGGAGCACUUUGAGACGCCGGGUCCGGCAGCACGGGCCCAGCGGGGUGACGGGUGUGAAGAAGCGCGUGUGAGCAGAGAGGAGGAGGCCAGACUCAACGACAAGGACCCCGGGCGCCACGUGGAGCGCCUACGUCCCAGCGCACCGGCCACAGCGGCUUAG